AUGGAUUUACAAGGAUUUUGUACAGACAGACAUGUUAUGGCUAUCGUGCUGUCGGUGACCUUCAUUCCUUCCGCUAUCCUCCUAGUCAUCAGUAUGGAGUCGGACAUUCUAGCAAACAUCCCGCGGAUGGUAUCAGCCAUUGGAAUGCCACACAAAAUCAUUAAUGAUGUAACGGUACUUCAGCACACCAAAUCAAUGUCACGUCAAGUACAUAUCCAAUUUUAUAACCCUCCUGAGUGGUUUAACAAAAACAUUGCUUUGAGAGGAUGUCCGAGUAACUGUUCGAUGUCUACUGGCAGUCGUCAUUACCAUGAUAAAGAUGUUGUCAUCUUUUUCGGUCCUCGUCUUGGCCCAAAACCAGUGCCUAAGAAACGAGGUCAAAUCUGGGUCCUUCAUGGCAAGGAGGCACCUCCUAACCAUAACCACAUAACAAAAUGGCGUGGGCUUUUUAACUGGACGAUGACAUAUCGGCGGGAUUCAGAUUUCCCUCAUAUGUAUGGAGAAUUUCGAAGUGUUGAUAAUCCUUCUGCACGGCUACCAAACACAACCAUGAAAUUUGUCACUGUACAUAAUUCGACAAAAUUCCCUAAACUUAAGAAAGUACCUUCCACAGCUUGGUUUGUGUCCCAUUGUAGGACACAGAGUAAACGACAGGAGUACGUUAGGUCUCUUCGAGGCACGCAUAGUGUGGAUGUAUUUGGAGCAUGUGGUAUCAAUAGGUGCGACAAGAAUAGAGAUCGCCAAUGUCUGUCACCAUACAAGUUUUACUUAUCAUUCGAAAACUCCUUAUGCAGGGAUUACAUUACAGAAAAGGCUUUUAAGAUCUACUUUCACGAACAUGACUCAGUGCCGAUUACUCGUGGUUUUAAAGGGAUGUACCAAUUAUAUCUUCCACCUGGAUCAUUUAUCGAUACCAGUGAUCACAGGGGUAUCGACCAUUUAGGACGCUUUCUUAACACUCUAAGUAAAAAUCAAACAUCACACUCACAAUUUUUCAAAUGGAGACUACAUUACCAACCUAGAGUUGAUCAUUAUUUUCCGUUUUGUGAACUUUGUAAUCGAAUGCAGAAGCCGGAUGUUUAUACGCGUUACCAUAGACUAUACCAGGAUAUCAACCAGUGGGUCUUUGGGUCACCUGAUGACAAAAUUUGUACCGAACCGACAGAUCUACAUAAAUAA